AUGUCGGAAAGUAUAACUUCUGUGUUGCAAAUUCCGCAAUCUUUACGUUCAAUUGCACAUUAUGUAAAAAUAGGUGCGGAAAAUGCAGAUCGUGAUCCGAUCGUCCAUUAUUGGUGUCUGUUUUAUGCAGUACAAAGUGGGAUGGAUAUAGGCAAGAAGUCUCCAGAAGCUCUGCAAUAUCUUACGUCAUUACUUUCAAUAUUGGAAGAUAUGAAGAAAAAAUUGGGAAGAGAAGAAGCGCUCACGCAAGAUUUGGUAGCCCAAGCUCACAUCGAAAAUUUUGCAAUGAAACUGUUCGAUUAUGCCGACAAAAAUGAUCGCCAGUCGAAUUUUACGAAAGGUGUUAUUAGGGCUUUCUAUACGGCUGGGCACUUAAUCGAUGUCUUGUCCCUUUUUGGAGAAUUGGAUGAAAAUCUUAUUUCAACGAGAAAGUACGCUAAGUGGAAGGCUACAUAUAUACACAGUUGUAUGAAAAAUGGAGAGACUCCGAAACCUGGAUCAGCUGGCAGUCAUAACGAUGACCUAAACGACUUUAAUAUGAGAAUCCCUCGAACUGAAACGAGAGAAGAGCCUCAGUCAACUAUGGAUGGACCCGUUCAGCCUAACAGUGUGCUAAAUCCUAUCGCUUCUUCACAUUUAAUUUCUGACUCAGCCUCAGUGCUGGAAACUUGUGAAAACUUACACAUCUCAGAUGCCAAGGGCUCAUCGCCAGAAAUGUCUGAAAAUAGUGGGAGAUUAACCUUGGAUGAUUACAUGGAAGCUCAGAAGUAUGCAAAAUAUGCCGUAACGAGCAGGGAGAAUAUGGAAAAAAAAAGAAGGACUAAAGCUAAGCGUGAAGAUUAUCGUCCAUUGGAAACAAAGGAACAGUCUAAGAAAGGAAUUGUAUUCAACAGGAAGUCAAAAAAUAAAAAGAAUAAAAAGGGACAGCAUGUUACGAAAGAGGUCCCGUUUGUGUCUCCGUUUACAGGAGAACAUGCAAUUUUCGCUGUACCGCUUUCUUUGGCUGUCUUACGAAUGGGUUCUCAUGAUGGAAUUCCACUACCAGUUGUUGUAAGGCAGUGCAUCGAUUACAUUAAUGAAAAAGGACUGUGUGUCGAAGGAAUUCAUCGGAUUUCUGCGCCAAAAGCAAAUUUGGAUAAACUUGAAGAAGCAGUAAAUUCGAGACAUUCCAUUGAGCUAAAAGAUGUACACGAUGCCUCGGGGUUACUGAAAAGAUUUCUGCGACAGCUUCCUGAGCAUAUCCUAACUAAUGAAAAACGACCAGUAUUUGAAAAAAUUGCUUCAAAUUGUCCAUGCGGAACGUUGUCACCAUGCCGCUGUUUGGUAGCAGAUAUGUUGAAAGCACAACUGAUUUCGCUACCAGAAGAAAAUUAUAUGUUAUUAGCAUAUAUAUUCAUACAUUCUCAAAUGAUACUGCAAAAUAGUGGCAAAAAUAAAAUGGGUAUGGCUGCACUUGGUUUGAUCCUGCAAGCCACGCUCAAUGUAUCACAAGCUGUUGUUCGAAUAUUCCUGCUUAACGCUUCCGAUGUCAUUCUAAUGAAAUAUCAUUCUCCUUCUGUAAGUUAUCAUUUGGAAGGAAUUGCAUUUCUUAAAAUUGCUUCAUCUGUAUCAAAAUUUGCAGUUAAUCGUUGA